AUGGAAGCAAAGAAGGCUGGGAUGAAACACCAUCCAGAGGCAAUAUUUCAAUCCUGGAUCAGCUCCGAAGCCCAGACCGGCCUGCAAGGGCCCCUCCACACCACACACAUGGCCUGCUACAACGCCUGCCGCUCCUGGGGACCCACCCCGCUGGCCAACAGCUGCAACGAGCCCUGUUCCCUGCAGUGCCAGGACUCCCGCGUCGUCAUCCAGCCUCCCGCCGUGCUGGUCACCCUGCCAGGACCCAUCCUCACCUCCCACCCCCAGAGCACCGCCGUCGGAUCCUCCGCAUCGGCUGCCGUGGGCAACGAACUCGGCGCCCAGGGAGUUGCUGUCAACUCCGGCAGCUUUGGCUAUGGCUUCGGAGGCCGGGGCUGCUUCAAUGGUAGAAGGGGUGGAUACAUCUGCUAA